AACGUUGAAUUAGACUUCAAUUUGGAAAUAGUUUUGUGUAAACAUGUUAUGUAAAUUAUUCGUGUUAAGUGCAGUUUUAUGUUAACACCAGACUGGAUCCUUUGGUGGAUUCUGCAUUCGGACACCUAAAGAUGUGCACGGGAAAGGAAUAUCUGGAAUUGGCCAGCUUCUUUGCACAGGCAAAGCCUCCGAAGCCCCAGGACCUGAGGCCGUGCAACCAGCACGAGAUCCUGCUGCAGCUCAUCUGCAAUCGCCGGCAGUCGCUGAGCAAGAGCCAAAUGGCUGAUCUCCUGUGGAACUUGACCACUGGUCCCAAGAAGAAGCACAAGAGGAGGCAGUGCGGCGGCAUGGACGACCGGAAUCGAUCAGAACCGACCGAUAUCGAAGUGGUGUUCGGGUGCAGGGAGAAAACUCCACCUUCCACCAUUUCGCACAGAGGCUGGGAAAGAUCACGCAUCGAGUGGCUGCGCAAGCUGGAGGUUCAGCAGAGGCAGUGCUACCAGGUCUGGCAGGAAACACCCGGAGCCGAUGCCAGCACCAAGACGGCUAUGAAGUCCAGCAAGAAGGAGAGGGAAUGCGGAAAAUCCACCAUAAAAGACGCGCCAUGCGAGAAACACAGCAAAAACCAGGACCAGCCCGGCGGUAGAAAGAAGGACAAGCACAAGAAGAAGACCAGGACCAAGAGGAAGCUACCCGGCUGCUGGGCCCUGCUGCCCUUUGGAUGCGGCUUGAACCUCGCCCACGAUUCCAGCUGCCAGGACGUGCCCCACCGCAGAGAUAGUUCGUGAUUUGCCUUUUUCGACCAGCCUGCAGUUUGAUUUCGAUUUCCAGAUUCGCUGGCACCGCAAUUAAAUUCGUCUACAGACGUCGUCUAGUGCCAGUUGCCGAAGUUGCAUUCUGCGGUCGAAGGAAGAGUCUGAUUCCCAGUCACGGCCUAAUUUGAUGAAAUCGUCAAGUGCCAAGUAGAAGGCAAAGUUUUUGACGCCAAUUGAAAUCGGCGAGGGACUCGAAGUUGGUCUGUGCGGUUCAACAGGGCAAUAGGUAGUACUUCAACCAGGAAGACGGAACAGCAAAAAGACUAGCAACAUGCCCACUUCCAAAUACAAGUACUUUGGGCUUCUCGUUUGAUGCAGGAUCUUUAAUUAAUUAAAUCCUAUUUUGGUAAAUUUAUAUUAGCAGAA